AUGUCGUUCGAAAGCGUAAUGCCCCCGUACAACGCCUCGGAUCCGACGGCUUCCUUCCUCAACUCUUCCUGCCUCGACUUUCUCCUCAUCGAGCUCGUGCCGAUGGCGUUCCGCGUAACGAGGGAGCUCGACAUAGCUCCAGCAGAGGGCUCAUCGGCCGGCGGAGACGGGGCAUCCUCCGGGAGUCACAGCCAUGCCGCAGCAGGCGCGGCGCUGUCAAGCGCAAGCGGGGCCGUCACCGCAGGCAGCGCGCGGAAGAUGGACGAAGAUGAGGAGAGGGACGCCGUGUUCUACCGUCUCGAGACGUUGGGGUAUCGUGUUGGCCAGGGACUUGUAGAGAGGUUUUCGAGAGAUAGGCCACACUUCAACGAUACGCUAGAUGUCAUCAAGUUCGUUUGCAAGGAUCUGUGGUCGCUGGUGUUCCGGAAACAAGUCGACAAUCUAAAGACUAACCACAGGGGUGUCUACGUGUUGACGGACAACUCGUUCAAGCCGUUUUCAAGAAUGAGCACCGAGACCGGGGGUCAGGCCGUCGUGCGGGCACAACCGUUCCUAUGGUUCCCCUGCGGAAUCGUCCGCGGAGCCCUCGCAGCCUUGGGGAUCAAUGCCACAGUUCAAGCAGAGACGAAUGAAUUGCCGGCUGCCAUCUUUCAAAUCAAGACGCUACCUUCGAGCACAUAA